AUGGGGGACGAAAUAUCGAUAUUUUUAGUCGUGAUUCUUGCAAUUGGUGGUUUAAUGAUGAUGAGCACGUUGCUAGUUUGCUAUGCCUGCAUCUUCAGAGAUCUCUGUUGUAGACCAGAGGACAGAUCAAAAAGAAGACGUCCUCAGAGUCCUCAGCAUGAACACAACGAUCCUAACAGACCAAGAUUAGAUGCCAUACUUUUGAACGACAUUACACAAGGAGAAAGUAUGCCUACCGAAUCUGAGAAAGUUUAA